GUCACUGUCGGCCGCAAAGAUUUUCCAUGAAGAAUUCCAUGUAGCGUCGCAGCUGGCGAGUAGCAGCGAAACGUAGCGCUUGAUUUGGAUUUGGAGCUAGUUCUGUUACUGUGUUCACUGCGCCUGCGUCCACAGUCCACCAUCUUGCCAUGGGGCAUGGGCCAUGGCUCUGAGCCCCACGGCGUGAUGGAGAGCUUUCUUCCCCCUAGGGGACCGUUCCCGACCUGUCCAUGGCAUGCAUGACGGCAACGGCAUCCCCGUGACGAGAGCGACUCGGCGCAGUAGCAACAAAUCGGGGGAAUUCCGCAUGGCCGCGGCACUAGGCUGUCACCAUCGGGCAUUACCGGCUGGUGGUGAGCGUGCGCCGUCGUCGCUGUUCGCGUCCAUGAACAGGGCCGGGGUUCCUGCCCCCUCGCGACGUGCCGACGUGAUCCGCGUGGUUUGGCCUCGCCGCCGGAGAGAGGCGUCACUGCUUCAGGCGUGGCGCGUAGCUGAUGGGUCGAUGAGAGCCACACUGAUGCGGGUGGUGCCUCUCGCGGCGCGCGGCUAUUCUUUUUCUUCUUCAUGGAGGCCAUCAAGGGUGAGCAGAGGAAGGCUACUGCGGCCGAUGGCGCGCUGCGACGGCCGCUGGCGCCGUCCGAGAAGAACAAUGCUGCUGCUCCGGCCGGUCGGAGAAGAGAGGUCCCGUCCAGGUUCAAGCCCGUCGCGCCACCGGCUGCUCCGGCGGCGAGGCGGUGCGCGUCCCCGAGCCCCGGCCGGGCGUCGGCAGUCGACGGCUCGGAGGUGACGUGCAACAGAGCGCGGUCGGCUGACAGGGCAAGGCCCGCCCCGUCUUCUCGGCUGAAGCCCUCCGCUCUUGCCGCGGCAAGGUCCACUUCGCCGGCCCGUGACGCGGCCGCCGAGGCACACGGCAGCGGCACUCCUCCCCGUGCAAGGAAUGCAAAGGCCUCUGAUGGCCUGUGGGCGUCUGCGCGGAGCUCGUCUCCCUCGGUCCGGCCAGAGCCCGUGGCGGCAGCAGCCCCUGCCAAGAAGAUAGACAGGCGAGUCCAUGGCUUACCUUCAGAGCUGACCAAAUUGCGGUCAGGAGCCGCGGUUGAGAGGAAGAGGAGUCCUCUUAGAGGGAGGACCAACAACAUCAGCGACCAAUGUGAUAAUGCUCGGCCACUAGAGUCUCCCGCCAGCAGGGUCAUUGAGCAAAAUCGGUGGCCGGGGAUGAUGACUGGCCGGAGCUCUGCUGGUCUCACUUCGACAAGUGCUGCUCCUGCUGAAAAGGCUACCAGGUCGGUCUCUUCACGAGAUGCUUCAGCAGGACGCUCUCCAAGGAGGACGCAUCCAUCUGAAGGAACGGGCAAGAGUCUGAAGCGGCCGUCAAACGAGGUGGCAAAGAUCGUUCACCGGAGAAGAAAAGAUAAGGCAGAUUCUAGCAGUGACACCUCAUCUCAGACGUCGGAAAGCUCCAAAUCCAAUUGUCGCCUGAGCAAGGCCGUUUCUUCACCUGUUCCGGUUCUGCACAGAUCGUCGUCACCGAGACAGGGCUUGGCAGCUGCAGCAUCUACUUCCAGGUCCUGCCAGAGCCCGUCGCGGAUGAGGCCUUCAGCACCUUGCCAAUCGAAAUGUGCUCCUUCAGAUGCUCAAUCAGGCGUUGAACAGCCUGUGUUUAACUACAUCGUUGAUGCGCGGAAAGGGAAGAAGAAUGCAGGCCAGAUUGAGAAUAUCCAUCAGCUACGUCUGCUGAAUAAUAGAUACCUGCAGUGGCGCCUUGUGAAUGCACAUUCAGAAGACACACUAUCCCAGAAAAAUGGCGCUGAGAACAUUCUUUAUAGUGUUUGGAAGAGUAUCUUGACAUUGCGCGAUGCUCUAACAAGAACAAGAAUAAAUGUGCAACACCGACAGCAGGAACUGAAUCUGUACAGCAUUCUAACAGAGCAGAUUGGUUACCUUGAGCAAUGGCCGGUACUAGAAGAAGAGAGCACUGGUAUCGUAGCUGAGGCGAUCGAGGCUCUUCAAGCAAGCACGCUGUGCCUUCCAGUUACAUCAGGAGCACAGGCUGAUGGAGUUGUAGUUAGGAAUGCUAUAAGCUCAGCUGUUGAUGUUAUGCAAGCUUUGAGUUCCUCGAUUUUCUACUUGCAAUCAAAGGUCGAAGAUAGGACAUCUUUGGUUUCUGAACUUUCGGUUACGGCAAGACAGGAAAAAGUUGCUCUUGAUCAAUGCAAAGAGCUCUUAGCUAAGGCAGCAAAACUGCAGGGUUUACCUUUGGUCAGGUACAGGAGACCAGCCUUCGCACGCAUCUGAUGCAACUGAGGGAGGGAUCUGCUGGAUGAUUAACUGCUAAGCUGAAGAGGUUAACCUUUGCUUUUGACAGUAACAUUGGUCAACUCGAAUGUACAAAAUGAAGCAGAAAUCUGUAGAGAUGAAGUAACAGACGAUGCAUACUGCACACAUACUACCAUACACACAUUCCAUGACCUUGGAAGAUCAUGGCGCGACGCUCCGCAGUCUGCAGCUAACAACAACUCAAGGUGCUUACAGAUUGUUUCUGGGGAAAGAAAAGGUGUUAAUGGUUUUGUUUUUUUUUUUUCUGAAUCAACAUGUCAGGAGCUCUGUCUUUCGUUAAUGGUUUUCGUCGUACAGUAAUUCUUCUUCUUCUUCUUCUUUUUUACAUUUGUUCUCCUCGUAGUUGAGGGUAGUUGUUUCUUCAGUGAGUAGUCCUAUUCUUAUUUCUUACCCACUUACCAGUGUACAUUUUGACUUUUGAGAAGUGCAAAGAAAAGUACAAAAGGGUAACAAAAUCAACUGCUGAUGAAAAUGAAAUUCAUCUUGUUCUUGCA